CACCCAGUUUCGGCCCUGAGUGGUAGCAGACAGAACGCAACUCCCAGCAGCUAGGCGUGCCCUGUGGACCACUGCGUUGGGGAGAACUGUUUUUCCCUGCUCUAGGCUCCAGACGGUCUCCACACUCCCUGCUCCCUUCAGCUGUCCGCUGCCAUUCCCGGAGCAUCGCAGCCAUGGGCAUCCGAGGCAUGCUGCGAGCUGCCGUGCUCCUGCUGCUCAUCAGGACUUGGCUUGCAGAGAGCAACGGCCCCAAUCCCACCCCGAAAUUCCACUUCGAGCUCUCCUCCAGCAUGCCCGAAGUCAUACUGGAUCUCUUCAACUGCAAAAAUUGUGCAAAUGAAGCUGUGGUUCAAAAGAUUUUGGACAGGGUGCUAUCAACAUAUGAUGUCCGACUGAGACCGAAUUUUGGAGGUGCCCCUGUGCCUGUGUCAGUAUCUAUCUAUGUCUCCAGUAUUGAACAGAUCUCAGAAAUAAAUAUGGACUAUACAAUCACGAUGUUUUUGCAUCAGACCUGGAAGGACACGCGCUUAGCAUACUAUGAGACCAACCUUAACCUGACUCUGGACUAUCAUAUGCAUGAGAAGCUGUGGGUCCCUGACUGCUACUUUGUGAAUAGCAAAAAUGCCUUUGUGCAUGAUGUAACUGUGGAGAAUCGUGUGUUUCAGCUUCACCCAGAUGGAACAGUGAGAUACGGCAUCCGGCUUACCACAACAGCAGACUGUUCCCUGGAUCUGCAAAAAUUCCCUAUGGACAAGCAAGCCUGCAAGCUGGAGGUGGAGAGCUAUGGCUAUACCGUCGAAGACAUUGUGUUAUCCUGGGAAGAUGAGAAUGCCAUCCACAUUACUGAUGAGCUGCACAUCCCUCAGUUUACCUACCUGGGGAGGACAAUUACUAGCAAGGAGGUGUAUUUCUACACAGGCUCCUACAUGCGCCUGAUAGUGAAGUUCCAGGUUCAAAGAGAAGUCCACACUUACCUUGUGCAGGUCUAUUGGCCCACAGUCCUCACCACCAUUCUCUCCUGGAUAUCAUUUUGGAUGAACUAUGAUUCCUCUGCUGCCAGGGUGACAAUUGGCCUAACUUCUAUUCUUGUCCUGACCACCAUCGACUCACAUAUGCGAGAUAAACUCCCCCAUAUUUCCUGUAUCAAAGCCAUUGACAUCUACAUCCUUGUGUGCCUGUUCUUCGUGUUCCUGUCCCUGCUGGAGUAUGUCUACAUCAACUAUCUUUUCUUCAGCCAAGGACCUCAGCACAAUCGCAGGAGAUGCAAGAAACCCAGGAGAGUUGUUGCCCGAUACCGCUACCAAGAAGUGGUGGUGGGAAAUGUGCAGGAUGGCCUGAUUAAUGUGGAAGACAGAGUGGAAGACAGAGCUGAUCCUCUUCCUGACAGCCCCAUGCAGGCUCAUCUGGCAAGUCUGGAAAGUCUUGGGUCCUUGGUGUUCACUUCAGAGCAGGCCCAGCUGGCUACCUCGGAAAGCCUGAGCCCACUCUAUUCCACCUCAAGCCAGGCCCAAUUGGCCACUGGAGAAAGCCUGAGUGAUCUGCCCUCCACCUCUCAGCAAAUAGUGCAUGAUUGUACCAUUCACUUUCAUGGCUUCCUCUCUAAUGACAGUAUUAUCCCCAUCAAAAUCCACAACCAUUCUGAGGCCCAUGGUGAUGAAGACUCUGAAGAGAGCCUAAGCUCUGAAAGCCAUGGCCAUGACAGCAGCCCCAGUGGAAGGCUCAUGUUCCACAGUGGCCAGAGGUGUGUGCAAGAAGCAAGUUGGGACCUUGAUAAGAUUGAGAGCUUACAGGAUGACAUCAGUAUCAAGAGCAGCUGGCUUGGCCUUGAUGAACUAUUGCAUAGUAAGUGUCAACGAGCUCCCUGACCCAUCACAUCGUUGGAUCCUCACAGGAGCCCUGUGAGCCACGAAAGACAAAGCACCUUGUCCCCAGUGUUCCAAGGAAAAAGUGGAGUUUGUGUGCCAUGCUUAUGGAUACCUAUUCUUUCUCCUUAUCUACCUAACUCUCAACUGAUGCACUCCCCUUCUGCCUCUUCCCUUUUGCUCAAAGGAACAUCCCUACAGAAUCUACCUGUCGGGCUGCCAAGCAAGAGGCUACUGAGCAGCCACUGAGCAUGAACUGAGCAGAUGGAGAAUAUGGCCCUGUCCACUCAACAGGGCUCCUGAUGACAGUAUGAUGAGUCUGCGCACCAACCUGCCAGGAAGCACCAGCUCAUUGAUGGAGGUCAUGAGAGAGCUUUUCCUAGCAUUCAAUCUAUUUCCCCCCUUAUAGACAGCCUCUCCUUCAGCCCUAUACCCCACUGCCCACCUACCUCUUUAUACUUCAGUGUUUAUAUAUUUCUGUGUAUCCCUGGGGAUGAGUGCGCAUGCAUCCAAGUAGAUCUAUGUGCCAUACAACCAUUUGAGAAGCUGAAUAGCACUACAGUAGUGUAAAUCUAUGUUAGUAUGUAUGAAUGCAUAUCUGUACUGUGUGGAUGAAUAAUUUAAAUGUAUACAUCUCUAUUACAGUGUCAGUUGUAUACAUGUGUACCUAUAUUAACACAGGUGAAUGCUUUCUGUGUACAUUUCUAGAAAGUAUAUGUCUAUAUACCUGUGUUGGUCAAAUUUAGUUUGUGUUAAAGGACAUACAUCAAAAACCCUAUGUAUUCCCUGUUGGAGGUUCUUUUGGAAACAUCAGGACUCUAGUGACCUGUUUUGACACAGUGGGGAGAGUCUUGUUUAGCUGAACUAACUGUUUCUUUCUAGUUCUAGGGAGCCAGGGAGUAGGGUCUAUUGGUUUCUAUCAACUCCUCAUUCUUCUGCCACCCAUCUCUGCUGUGUCCUAGGUAGAAGACCCAGAGGAAGUGAACAUAGUCCUAAGAAGAGGUAAUGUUAGUGCCUUGUGGCUAGAGAGUAAUUGGUCCAUGGGAUAAACUUGGAGUGCUGAACAUUUUGCUUGAUGCUGAAAGGUGCCAAAAGAUGAACUGGGAAUAGAAAUAAGGUGUGGACAAUGGGGUAGGGAUUCAGAGACUUGGAGAAAAGGUUAUUUAUAAUUUAAAAUUCAUUCCAUUACCCUACUCACUAUGUGAGCCUGACACAGAUGAGGAUUGGUUGCAGCUACAGAGAAGCAUGCAGUGAAAGGAUGUGCCCAGAAUGUUGGGUACCAACAGCUGCAUUCUAAGAACCAAAGGUGCCUGAGAUGUCUGUGGACAAGGACUGUGGUGGUGGGCCUAUUGGAGAAGUAUAUUUGUAGCUUAUCCUAGGGCAGUUGUUGGCUGUUUGAAUAGGCCCCAAACUCUACCUUGAAUUUGAAAUUUGAACACUACUGACUUUAGCUCAAUUCAAGGAAAGAUUCAGAGAAGUGAAAGUGGAAAGAAGCCCAGGUACUGACUAGAUGGUCGCAGUGUAUUGCCCUUCUCUUCUCCACACAUAGAUGCAUUCCAGACUCACAUGCAGCCACACACACCCAUGCCAUCACACAUGCAUGCAUACAUAUCAGGAGUACCCACAUUUCUAGUUAUACUCACAGGCAUAGCCAGACAUACACACUCACAAAUAGAGAUGUAUAUACUCACACAUACUUUUAAGACAACUCAAAACAAGGAAGUUACUACCCAAAUGUCUAAGAUUGCCUCUUUUGUUUUGGGAAGCCAGCACAAAGAGAUCCAGAUUAAAGGGACAACAGAGAGCUCUCAUCUGGAAUCUGCACAUUCAUUGGCUGUGUUCUAGGAUUAGGAGCCCUACAAUCUUGAAGUGUUGAACAUAUCAUUAGAGUAAAGUUACAAAAAGGAAUUGGAGUAGUGGGAACAAAGGGGCAGCAGAGGAAGGGCAGAGAGGCCAGAUGUAAAUAUCCAUAUAGCUAGAUAUAUCAUACCCUUAAAAGACUAUUUUGCCCUAAUGUGCUGCAACAAAAGCAGUUAAAUUCUACUGUGAUUCAUACCCCGUGAGGUUAAGUGUUAAAGUGCUGUGGAGAUUUGGCAAUGACAACUUUUCAGGAACUUGAAUCUUCUGGUUUUUCCAUGUCUGUGGUCUCUCUUACUUAAAAGUUUCCAGAUCUCCCCUUGUGUUCUGUGUGUGGUCUAUUGUCCAUUGUCAAGCCUGAUUCUAGCUGUUCCUAGUCCUCUUCCCGUGCAGGCAUACCCUCUCUAUCUGGCUGCCUAUGUCCUUUUCCCAAUGUCCCCCAACACCAAGCAAUUGCUGAAGCACAGAGGACCUGCUCCUGGAGUUCAGCCAGUCCAAGAGCUUGGACAGACAGAAGAGCCUUACUGGAUCUGGGAUGGAGCAACCCCACUUUACUACUCUCCUGUCUUGCCCUCCCCUUACCUUUUACUCUAGAAUCCCUAACCAAGCAGGACACUAGCUGUCUGUCUUUCCAAAUCGUCAUUUUGUUGAAGAAAUGUGUGAUGCAUUUCCUGCCCAGUUUGAUUUGCACUGUGAGGUGUCUGCAGAAAGAAUAAUAUGUUGGGUCUUAAUGGAGUUCAUCCAAUGUAUUCUUAAAUUUGUGUCAUCCUCAAUAGUUGCAAGGCUGCAAACUCUUGGCAUACUUAGAAGGAAGUUUUGCUGAGAUUGUGACCAUUCCUAAUGAGGGUUCCUUAUGUAUAUACAGUAUACACCUUAAGCUAUUAACUACUGAAUGCAUUCACUAAGCACUCCAUCUGCAUGACCCUAUGGUAGUAAGAAGGAACUUUCUAGCUACUCCACAACCCAAUAUCCAAUGUUAUUGUAACUGUCCUACCAAAAGUGAAGUACAUUCAUGUUUGUUGUAUAAUAUCCUGUGAUUAAUAUGAAAUCUACAUUAUCAGUGUUGGGCUUUCAAGGGAGGGGAAAAAUUAAAGUAUCUCUCUGAUAUACUUAAAUUAUGAAAUAUGGCAACUGGUCAGGGUCAUCAUGUGGAAGUGUGUCAGAAUUUGCACCCACCAUCAUGCCAGACUGUAUCCCUGGGAUCAGUAUUUAUCAGCAAAGGUACAGGUAUCAGAAUUUUGCACAGUACUAUAGUAGAUGACUUUAGAUGACACCAGAUGAUUCUUCCAAUGGCAACUAAGUUAAUAACAUUCUAGAAGCAGAUGAACUAUGGUGAAGUCACAUACAUAAAGAUCUUCAGCAGUGGUAUUGGGCCAAGACAGUGAAAAGCAAUAAAGAGAAUGAAUAAUAGCUGAGUGGCCUGGGUGGUCUGACCUGCAAGGGUCAUAGAGUAGCAGAGCUUCACUAGAAUACUGGGUACACACACUGAGCUCAUUAAUCGACAUUCAUGUAAGAAAAAGACCUUAACAAGUCCUGAUUUCAAGAAAGUGAAACAUGAAGAAGCAUAAUCUUAUGCUUCUGAAAAAUAUACAGAAAUAAAUAAAAACAUGUAAGUAGCAAUAAGCAAAAUAAAGAUC